GCUUUUUCCUUGAACUCGACGGUGUGGUAAUGGACGCGCUGUUCGAGUUCGCUUACUGGGAAGGGGUGUUCGGGCGGAGCCAUAGCAGAGAGGUCCUCCACGAGGUCGUGGUAUGGGCAAGUACAGUAAUUGUAUGUAUGUGGAAGUGUAGAGGGUGUGGAUGUCAAUGGACCGCCAGUGCCGCGGCGGACGAUGGAGUCGGACUUGAAGUUAUGGAACAACACACGACUCUUGUUCUGCUUUGUUUUCCUACCACCUACUUACUGUACUACAACAAAGUCAAUGUUCAUUUUCGCGCUUCAGUCAUGGCGCGGACAUGUCUGCGCAACGAUAUGGAGCUAGAAUCCUCGAGGAGGUGCACGAGGCGAAUCUCGAGAAUCUCCUAGCCGAUCUCAGACAUAUAGUGAACCCAGCUCCGGAAUAUGUGCUGGGGAUACCACAGCUUGACGAGGUGCUUGAGAGUGUUUGGUAUGCCGAAAACCGGCCUCAGGUUCAGGCUCAACCUCAACCUCAGCCUGAUGUUACACCACAACACCGAGGAUGGACAUCAAUACCACCGGCAGGCAUAGGCACUCACAGAGGCGAAGCCAGUCUGCCACUGAAUCAAGACGACGAGAAUGAGAACACCGGACCACUGGCAGUCGACUCUGACGAUGCCCAAGACGAGGAUGAGGAUAUUGUCCACGCUGAUGAACAUCAAAGCCAUCACCAUCGACAACUACCACAGAUAUCAAGCCGACAAGCCAAAUCCAAACCCAAAACUAACCACCCCCCAGCAGCAACCAUCGAGAUAUCAAGUCCCAAAUCCGCCACCGGCAAAACAACACUACUCUACUAUCUCUGCGCGGUCGCAACACUGCCCGUUGAGUCAGGAGGCAAAGGCUCAACGGUAGUCUAUAUCGAUAGUGAUGGCCGGUUCUCGGCUAGUCGGCUGAUGCAGGUGAUGAAGCAUUAUAUUGCCACCAGCAAACAGAAACAGACUACUACUACUCCCGGCGAUGUUGGUUCUCAUUCCUUGUCCAACAAGAAUCACAAGGGCAAGAGCAAGGACCCAAAUCCAAGCCGAGACAAUGACAAACCCAACAACGUCAACAUCAACACAACCAGUGACCGUGCCCAUGUCAAUGAGAGUGAGAGUGAGAGUGAUACUACUAGUAUCGCCCUCGAAGCCCUCCAACACAUCCACGUUUUCCGACCGCAAUCGUCCAACCAAGUCGUGACAAUCUUACAGUCACUGCCAGAGUUUCUUUUCGAUCGGUCGAAAAUACAAUCUUCGGUCUAUCGACAUUUGGGGCUACUUGUUCUCGACUCGGCUACUGCGUUUUAUUGGCAGGAUCGGUUUGAUAGGGACAUGGCGAGGCUUGGUGGUACAGAGUCGAGUGGGUUUCAAGCACCAGCAGAAACAAAACCAGCAACAGGUAAUACUGCGUCAGAAAUCAUCCACCAUUUAAAAUCUCUACAGCGGAGAUUCGACUGUAUCGUGGCGUUCACAACGACGAUCUUGAACCACUCGACGUCAGCAACUCAAACGCAACCACAAGCACAGUCUCAACUGCAUUCCCAUUCCUCGUCUAGAACAGAUCCAGCACCACCACCAGAAUCAAAAUCAGUCCCCACAACACAAUGGUCAACCUACGCCACACUGACACUCGACCUCUCGCGCAUCUCGGUCCCUCAAUUCCCGCCUCAACUGACACUCUCCGAGUGUUUGGCGGAUGCAGAUAAAAGAUUCGCUGCGAUGCGGAAUACGAGGAUACAAAUCCGAGUCCGUGGACCUCCUGGAGGAGUCCCUGUCGUACUCAAAACCACGGAUGAGGGCGUCGAUAUCGAGUCGACUUGAGUCCACUUGAGUCGACUACGGAUUUGACAGAUGAGAAUCAAAAGAGAUGAUAACACUGAUGCUGGAGUGCGCGGACUUCCAAAUCAUGUGCCAUACAUAGUACUACUCUGUACUACUACUACCACUACCCGCAUAUGUACCUAUGUACCUGGUAGUCCGUCUAUUGUACGUGUACGCUACCCUCCCCAACUGGGUAGGUACAAUGUAGGUUACGCUACGCGACGUAAAUUCACAACAUGAAAGAUAGAUGCUCAAUGUUCAAUACUCAAGGCUCAAAUUGAGGCAUGCUCAAAAGCAACCGAAAGUCUUGAAUUGUUGGGUAGUAGUAGUAGUAGUAGUCCUUCACUAGCAGUUGUUGAUGCUCAUUCAAGUUGAGGCCCGGCCGUUCCAAGUCUCAUCCCUUGAAUCAACUGUCACCCGCUGCUCUCGGUGGGCGAUACAGUAGUCAGCCACUCUCUUC